CAGUACGUAAUCUUCUGACAAAUUCUCAGUAAUCCACACCAUACACUGUACGCUAUACACCCGUGUACUACUGAAUAUACAACAUCACCAAGAGAACCUGUUUGCUUCAAAGUUACAUGGCAAUCUCAAGACUGUCAGUAAGUUUGUUCAGCGUGGUUAUGCUGUGAGUGUACAGAGCCGGUUAGUCCAGUCAACCAGCGGAUCAAGGUUAUGUGUUGCUAGUAAGGUGACUCAGACAUCAGCACAGUCCAGGCAGUCAGUUAGGUGGAGAUCAGAUCAGUCUGGUCGUCAAGUCACUACGGUACAUGAUGCUGUUAAUGCCAUUGAUUCAAUAUCGGAUAGCAUUGUCAACGCGCGCAAAUUUAUACCCAGUGAGCUGAUAUCAAACUGUUCUCUCAUCCAACGACAUGUGAAGGAACUACGGAGUCCAGGCAUGGUUAGCGUUACCCUUCAGGCAUGUGCUCUUGUCAAUGAGGAGAACACUGAUGUGACAAAGCUUACAGAGUCUUUACUUAAUCAGCUAGCCAGCCUACCUACUGAACUCUGGCAAGAAAGCAAGAACCAACACAUCCUGUUAUGGGCACUGUACUGGGCCGCAAAGUGUAGAUGUUCAACUCCAAGAUUCACGAAGUUACUGCAACAGCAGCUUGAUGUCAUGUGCAUUGAGGAAUGUAGACAUGUUGGUAAUUGUGCACAUGCAUUGUUUAUGUUAAAUGUGCCUGAUCGUCACCUGGCCCAACACUUGACGAAUCGCUACAUUACCAUACAGAGUACAGGUGAUCCAAAGUAUCGUCAUACUGAAGUACUCUCACUACUUCUCUACUGCACACUGUGUGGUGUAGAGUGCAGUGCCUUGCUAAAGCUGAUCAGUGUUGAUCAUCUGAUACAGAAAUGCGAUCCUCGCCUUGUGCAACUGCUAUAUUUGCACAACACCCUCCCUGUCACUAACGACCAGCGGCUACAGAUAAUGAACAGGUGUGCAGUGCGGUUCCAGAAGGCUGUGGCAAGUCAGCAGUCAGGUCGAAUGUAUGACAUGCUGUCAUACUUCAUUGGUCCAAAGCACACCACUGGCAUGUCUCUGGUUGAUGGUGUGGAAGUUCAGGCAUUCUGCAUCUUCAACCAAGACCAUGAACCAGUGAAGACUGAUGCGUAUCCAGCUGAUGUAUACAACGGUGUAUCAGUAGAUAUGACUGCAGCUAGACGUCAUGGUUUCAGUGUUGUGGCAUGUCGGGGUGUGAGUGACACUCAGUUACAACGUCAUCCUGUACGUACACCUAACGGGUAUAACACUCUUGAAGCAUCGGCACUCAAAUCUCAAGGAUGUUAUAUUAUUCCGAUGGUACUCAAAUAUGGCGCUCGGCACUCGCAGAAAAGCAGCCACACUAUCCCGGAUUUGCUGAUCAAUUAUCCGUAUCACAUCACCGUGUUCAAAGACCUGUUACCCGCCAAGCAGUGAUGGACAUACACACUGAUGUCAUAGUCUACAUGAUGAUAUCUUUGAACAGCAGUAUACUAUGCCGAGUUGUGCCGUGAUAUCAUGUGAGACUGGAAUAUGAAGUCCGUUUUGUGAUUACUAAGAAAGUUGUGGACAACUCUUUUGGUCUUGUGAUUGAAGUUUUCAUUUCUCUGAUUCUUUGCCACUUUUUCUGCUUAGCUGAACAAUGAGGAAGCUGCCUCUUCUUUAAUUCCACUCCCGGCUGAGUAACUGAAUAACUGAGUAACUGAGUACACCGGAUGCGAGAGGGUAGUGCUGCUAGUGCUAGUGUAGUAUGCGUGUUGAUUGUGUUUUUUGAAAUCAAGGCAUUGUUGAGUUUGUGCGUGAAUGUUUGCGUGUCUGUGCAUUCAGUUCCCAAUUCUUUGUUCUUUGUGCGUGCUUAUACAGUACAGUGUACCUUGAUAUUGUGAAUCCUCCACAUGACAUUGUGUGUUUUCCACUUCCAUUGUCCAUACUACACAUAGUACAAGUAGCAUCUGGAGUAGCCAGGAUCCAUAUUUUUGACUGAGCUACAUAUUUAAAACUUAAAAAAGG